CAACGUCACCUCAGUCUUAUGCGCGAAACGACCAUCAUUUAUUCAUCGACCACGGCAUCAAAUUAACAAUUGGCAUCCUACAUUUGUGUCGCUGGAUUCCUCUGCUAUUGCUCUAUUUAUGGGCUAUAGAAAAUUCGGGGUUCUCGCGCCUUGAGAGCGUGCUCGCGCGAGCCUGAAUAACUCCUACAAUCAUCAUGCCCGACAUCGAUCCAGCGGCCUUGAGUCGCCCUAGUGUGACGAACAAGAGUCCAACUCCUGUUUUACCUACAAAGUCACUUACCGCGACGACUCCAGUUCAAAAAUCAGCAAAGUUCAAUCAUGUUCCGCCCCGCAUCGACCUUGAACCGUUGUACACGGCAGUCAAGUCUGCCAUUGGCGAUAACUGGGGGACAUACAAAGAAUCAAUUGGUUUAUUUCUUAUGGGUAUGUGAUGAAAGCCAUUGUCCCCUGGAAGGGGCGACAAAUACGCGUGUGAAAAUUAAUGUUAAUUCUUUGUUUCUCAGGGCAAAUGAACCAAACAGAACUCUCGUCCCGAAUUGAUCAUUUCCUUAUAACAAAUACUGGUGAAAUCGAGCAUCUUCACAAUCAACUUAUAUCUGCCAUCUAUGCGAACACCACUCGUGAAAUGCCUGAUCAGGGCGUGGCGAGCUGGGUCAGUGCAAAUGAUAAACCUACAACAGGAGCUGGGAGCAAGCCGGUUAGCGGCGAUGCGGCGGAACAAAGACUCAAAACAGAAGUUAUGCAAUUGCCGAGUCGUGAUAGGAGAAGACUGAAGGAUCUAUCUCAAAAUGAUGUGAGAUAUUUUCAAUAUGUUGCGUAUGCGAAGUUGGAUUCGUGCUAAAUUGCUUUGCAGUUCGACCCAUUCGACGCAUUUGCGACAAUGCUUACAGAGCAUCGCCGACCGAAGCCUGCAAGACAGCCAGAGACUGUACCUGCCAGUGCUGGUGGUCUGAACAAAACAAGUGAGUCAAAUAUAAUUUCCAAGCCUAGGAGGUUUAGUAGUACUUACACAUUGGUUAAGAUUGGGAUCUGGAAAUUCGGAAGAGAUAUACUUUACCUUUGGCCUCGGAGUCUGGUGAAUUUCCUGAUAUGACAACUAUCGAGUCGCGAAUGCUUCCCAUAUGCUACGAAACAGGAUUGGUCAAUGGCCAUGUCCAGGAUGCUGCUCAGUUCAUGUCCGUGGCGACGGAAACGUUCAUAAAAGAGGUCUUGUCAUCGAUAUUUAGCAAAACGAGAAGUAAUGGGCCUGGAUCUAUGGGUAGCGCCGGAACUGGUGGUGGUUCUUCCUGGGUUCAGACACACAAGUAUCGCAGGCAGCUGGAAAGGGAAGAAGAGUCCUCGUUGCGCAACGAAGUCCUUCGAGACAAAAAUGGCUUAUUGCCCACUGAAGCCCGUGCGGCAAGUGAACGAGGCCCUCUAGGCAUGGCCGAUGUACGUACUGCACUUGAAAUCGCCGACUGUGGUUUAGGACAAAUGCCAGUCGUAGUGCAGCAAAUAAUGUUCGGAUACCAAGAGGGCGAACUAGAAGAUUGGAAUGCAUUUACUCGACUUGGGCCCCAAGGAAGGAUCAUCACUGAGGAUGAAGAUGGCGACGUUGAGAUGGGUGGUCUCGAGAUUAACGGUUUAACUAAUGGUGUUAAUGGACACGUGAUAGACGAAACAAUGAGCGAUAUUGAAGAUUGGGGAUGGGAUGGGGCCGAAUACCAAGAUCGAGCUGCGUUGGAUAUGGUGCUAGAUUCAUGUCUAGCUAUUGGAGCUUGAUUCAUGAUUUUUACGGCUGGGUACGGAGUUUUAAAUCUGGGUCUUGAGAGGCGUCAUUAGCCCAUUUGGCGCUAGCGGUUUAGCAUUGGCGCAACGGAUAUUGGGUGUAUCUAUGUAUCAGAAUAUUGUAUAAAAAAGAUCAUAAAAGGAGGGUAAGGUAAGGGCGCUUUACGUACGGUUGGGUAUAGGGGAAGUUCUACACAGGAUGAUACCCAUGAAUUGGCUCGAUAGGCCACUUAUUAUUAGCAUUCGUAUGAUGAAAGAAGCCAAUAAUUAGAUUUUAAAGACUGCAUCCAUAAU